CGUCGGAGUGCUGGCGAAAUUUCUCCGCGACUCUAUUUAGUGCGCCAAGUGGAGCCGGGUGUAAGGGCGUUGUAGCAUUCUAAAGAGUAGGACGAAGCCUCAAGAAUGACAUGCGAUAUUGGAGAGGCUAGUUCGGGCUCCUCUGUGAGCAUUGGAGACCCCCAGGUUAAGGCUCUUUUAGAAUUGCUAGCGCAUGGGUCGUUGGUAGCGAAACCAACGAUAGGGCUCAGUGAAGCCCAGCACUUUAAUGGCAGUAACUAUAGUACGUGGCGCUUGAAGUUCAUAAGGAGAGCGAAGGAGGUAGGAUUAUGGCAAUUCUACCGUCGAGGUGAGAAGGCCGAAGGAGUAGUAACUACAAGCAACCAAGAGGAGGAUUCGGGAUAUCAGAAAAGGAGUGAGCAAGCAUUCUUUCAGUUGUGCCAUUCUGUUUCUGAUGGAAUUGCUGUGGGCCUGGAUAAGUUUUCAGGCGAGAAAAAUCCGGCUCAAGUGGCGUGGGCAUACAUGGAGUCAGCCUACCUCGGCCAAAUGGAGAUGAACAUCGCUGCGGUGAGGAGGAAGCUGCUUUUGCUGAGUAUGGAGCCGAAGGAAGCCGUCAUCGAAUACAUCAAUCGAGCAAAGAGCUACAACGACGAUUUGGCCGCAAUGGGAGCUGAGGAGAACGAAAAGGCAAUGAUGGGUUACAUUGUCAACGGGCUCUCGAAGGAGUGGGCAUCAGAUCGACCUGCGUUGAUUUGCAAUCCACCUGCAAAUAUGACGAAGCUUUGGAGAUGCUGCAAGCCUUGGCGAUAUCCAAGGAGGAUGUGACACGACGGGAGAAAGCGGCCCAAGGAGAAAAUGGGGCUGCGGGUGUGGAGCAGGAGAAGCCUGCAAUGGUGAAUGCAGUCGCUGCAGGGAGAGGCAUGGGUGCAUGCUUCCACUGCGGCAAGAUGGGGCAUAAGGCAUUUGACUGCUAUGAUAACCCGAGGAGCCGCAACUACAAGGGGAAAGGUGCUCCUGGUAUGGGAUGGAAUGGAGUGCAGCAGAGUGGGGAAGGGGGUAGCAGAGGAGAUAGUAGGCAGCAGAGGGGAAAGUUCUUUGGAGCUUGCCACCACUGCAAGAAGAUAGGGCAUAGAGCUAUCGAUUGCUACUCGAACCCCAACAGCCGGAGUUACAGGGGAACACAGCAGCAAGGUUCGGCACCGGCAAAGGCACAUGCAGCUGAAGCAGAAAAGAGGGAAGCUGAUGUUAUUUUGGGUGGUGCACAUAAGGCGAAUGUUGCGCGUGCAUCAGGGGUGUGCCUGAUGGCAAAAGGGGGUGGAGAAGCUGCAUGGUAUAUGGACAGUGGGUGCACACAGCAUAUGACCAAUCACAGUGAGUGGCUGAAUGCUUUGAGGGCAUCAAGUGUGCCGUAUGUGCUUGUGGGAGAUGAUCGGAAAUUGCUUGUGAAGGGAGAGGGAGAUCUGAUUUUGCAAGGGCAGUAUGGGGAGUUGAAACUGGAGAAUGUGCUGCUGGUUGAUGGUCUGUCACUGAAUUUGAUCAGUCAGUCACAGCUUGACAACACUGGAUGCAAGACAUUCAGUAACAAGGGCAGCGUGUGGAUGUUUGACCAUGCGUGGAAUGUGGUUGCUAAGGGCAUGUUGAAGAAUGGGUUGUAUGAAAUGCUGUUGAAUGAGAAGGGCAUGACAGCUGAGAAGGUUACCUACCAGCAGCCGACGGAGGAAGGGGUGCUGGCAAGGGAGGAGCUGCGGGCGAGCUUGAAAAGUGUACCUGUAGAGGAGCUGCGGAAGGAAGCGGUAUCGAUGGUGGCAGCAGCGGCUAAGGUAGACAUGGAGACCCUGCAUAGGAGGUUGGGACAUGCAGGGAUGGAGCGGAUUAAGGAGUUGGUGCAGAAAGAAAUGAAAGUUGGAGUGGAACUGAAGGAUGGGGAUGGGAGCAAGGGGAAGUGUGACAAGUGUGUGGAGGGCAAAAUCACCAAAUCCCCCCAUCCCAAGCAUCAGGUGCAGGAGCCAUAUGGAGCGCUGGAGAUAGUAGCAGCUGAUGUGUGUGGGCCGCUGAGGGUGGCAUCCAGGCACGGGAGCAAAUACUUUGUCACCUUUACAGACUUAGGGACUAGGCACACAUGGGUGACUGAGCUUAAGGAUAAGACGGAGGUCUUCUCUAGUUUUCUGGACUGGAUGGUGGAAGCAGAAAGGCAGAGUGGGAAGCAGCUGAAGGUGCUGAGAACUGACAAUGGUGGGGAGUUUGUCAAUGAGGAGUUCAACAGCUACUUGCGCUCCAAGGGGAUUCUGAGGCAAUUGACAGUGCCUUACACUCCACAGCACAACAGUAUAGCGGAGAGGGUGAAUAGGUCACUGCUGGACUGUGUAAGGACAUUGCUAGCGGACAACGGAUUACCACUGAAGUUCUGGGGAGAUGCCUUGGGGAUGGCUUGUUGGGUCAAGAACAGGCUACCUACCAAGGGCUUGGCAGCAGAUAUGACCCCACAUGAAGCAUUCUAUGGGAGGAAGCCGAAUAUGGGGUUGGCUCGCGUAUGGGGCUGCAUGGUGCAGUACAGGGAGCCAGCUGGACCAGCCCAUAAGCUACUACCUAGAAGUAAGUGGGGGCUUAACCUUGGGAUGUGCAUGGUGAGCAAAGGAUGGGUGAUCAAGGAUGUGGAGAUAGGGAAGGUGGUGGUGACCAGAGAUGUGAUAUUCUAUGAGAAUGUCACCUACUUGAAGUGGAAAGGGGUGAGUUCGGAGAUUGCAACGGCAGGGGAAGCAGCUAACCUAGAGAAGGUGGAAGGGCUGCUGGAGGAGACAUCGAUUGAAGGGAUUGGAGAUGAAGUAGAGGAGAUUGCAGAAGAAGAAGCACAUACUUGGGUGUGGGAGCUUCCAGAGAAAAUGGCUGCACAGGGGAGAAAGGAGAUGGAGCAGCAGGAGAUAAAGCGAGAGGAGAAGGAUGCAACGACUGAGGUGGAGAUGGCACCAAGGGAGAGUGAGCAGGGAUCAACUGCACGAGAUGGUCACGAUCCAUGGAAGCUGCUAGAUAGUACAGACAGUCGUGAAGCAGAGAAGGAGAUUGAGGAACUACUGGAGGAUGGGGCAACAGUGAUAGGGGUACUAGGACAGGACGAGCAAGAGGCAGCUGAGAAGGAGAACAGUGAGGUGGAGUCACUUGCUGAGGAGUUGGGGCGAGGGAAGAGGGAGAAGAAGAGAAACCCUAAGUACGUUCACUUGCUCAUGACUCCAUGGAAGAACGUGCAUACCCAUCUUCUCCUAACCAUAUCAGCAACUGCACUAGUAUCACGGGCAAGACGGGAGGCGUAUGGGCUGCCUAAUGAGCCCUUAACAGUGGAAGAGGCCUUGACAGGACCACAAAAGGAGCAGUGGAGAGCUGCUAUUCAGGAGGAGCUGGAUACACUAGCAGAGAGGGGCACUUGGGAGUUAAUGCCCAUGCCAGAGGGAAGGAGUGCAGUCGGGGUAAAAUGGGUCUUCAAGAUUAAGACAGGAGACAAGGGGCAGCUGGAGCGGUUUAAGGCUAGGUUAGUGGCAAAGGGCUACACACAGGUAGAGGGGAUCGACUAUACCGAUACUUAUGCUCCUGUAAGCAAGCUGACGACUGCAAGGGCAUUUCUCAAGGUAAUAGCAGCAAGGAACUACUUUCUAGUGCAGCUGGACAUCAAGAACGCUUUUCUGCAUGGGGUAGUUAAGGAGGAGCUGUAUAUGGAGCAGCCACCAGGGUUUGAGGACGGCACUAACAAGAAGUGCAAGCUUAUUAAAGCACUAUACGGUCUGAAGCAGAGUCCCAGGGAGUGGAACAAGGUGAUGGACGAGAGGCUGCUGAAAGGGGGAUUUCAUAAGAGUGAGUGUGACAGGGCGUUCUACUGGAGGGGAGCUGGAAAGGAGAAGGUGUACCUACUGCUCUACGUGGAUGAUAUUCUAGUGGCAGGGGCACUUCCAGGGGAGGUAGAAAAGGUGUGUGAGCACCUCGCUGAAGUGUUCCAAGUGAAGCAGAUUCCGAGGACGACGCUGUUUCUGGGGAUGAAUCUGGAGAGGAACAGGGAAGAGAGGAAGCUGUUCUUAUAUCAGCAGAAGUACUGCAAGAGGGUGGAGCAGAAGUUUGGUCAUGGCUAUGCGAAAGACAUUACUACACCGCUAAGUGGAAUGGCAGAAAGUGAUAAUGAGAGUGAAGAGGAUGUGCUGAAGUGGGAUGGUCAGGAGUGGGCGCUGCAGAUGUACCAGUCUAUGGUGGGACAAGGCAAAGAACGACAACUGGCACGGGAGGACUAAGCACAUGGAUGUGAAAUAUCACUGGGUGAGGGAGCAGUUAGAGAAGCAGCAGUUCAAGUUCGAGUUUGUGCGCACUGAGGAGCAGGCAGCUGAUUUCUUGACCAAGGUGCUGCCAAGGGCCAACUUUGAGUACUGUAAGGAGAAGGUCGGGAUACGUACCUUGAAGGACAUGCAGGGGAGUGUGAAGGUAACUUAGAGGGUGUGGCUGGCAGAACCACAGGGGAGGUUGUUGGAGUGGUUCCGCCACCCACAACGGACUACUCGUGACUUGGGGUGACGAGGAGAGAAAUGCGGACUUGGGGACGAGAAGGAACUAGGAAGCGGGUAUUGCGUGAGCGUGAGGUGUACGGAAAGGAGAGAAGCAAGAGAGAAGGUUGAAGGAAAGAGUGAUUGAGUGGAAGAAAGGAAUGGAAGUGGCGAGAAACAGAUUGACGUGGGGCAAAAGUUGGGUUUCGGACGGGGCAUGUUCAACAAGCAUUCGGACUUCGGACCAGUGGCGUGUUCAGCAAGAUAGUCGCGGUUGCGUGUGCGACUCGGCUUGACACGAAGCGAGCAAGUUACUCGCAGCGCACACGACAGUUACGAAGCGCGAAAUUGCUUGUACUUCCACUAUAAAUCUGUUUGAACAUUUGUUCUUUGUAUCUCAUUGUUUCUAGUGGAAAUUGCUGCCAUUUCGUAUUGACGAUUAGCAGCUACUUUGAGAUCACUUUUGGAGGCAAGGCCCUUGAGGCUAUUUGCACAAGUAUUU